AUGGCUCGUAACGAAGAGAAAGCGCAGUCGAUGCUCAAUCGAUUCAUCACACUCAAAGCCGAAGAGAAGAAGAAGCCAAAAGAGCGACGUCCAUACCUGGCCUCCGAAUGCCGGGACCUUGCCGAGGCCUCCAAAUGGCGGCAGCAAAUCAUGGGAGAGAUUGGCCGAAAAGUCGCCGAGAUCCAAAACGAAGGGCUUGGCGAGCACCGCCUCCGCGACCUCAACGACGAGAUCAACAAGCUCAUACGGGAGAAGGUUCACUGGGAACGACGAAUUGUUGAGCUCGGAGGCCCUAACUAUGCGAAACACGCCCCUAAGAUGACGGACCUCGAUGGCAACAUCAUCGACGUCCCAAACCCUAGCGGCCGAGGCCCUGGGUAUCGGUAUUUCGGCGCGGCGAAGAAGUUGCCGGGAGUCAGAGAGCUUUUCGAGAAGCCGCCGGAGCUGAGAAAGCGGAGGACGAGGUACGAUAUAUACAAAAGGAUUGAUGCGAGCUAUUAUGGGUAUAGGGACGAUGAGGAUGGGGUUCUGGAGAAGGUUGAGGCUCCGGCGGAAGAGAAAAUGAGAGCGGAGGCCGUGGCGGAGUGGAAACGGAUGGAGGAGAUAAGGAAAGAGGCAAGGAGGGCGGUGAAGAGUGGGGAGGUGGUGUCGGUGGCGAAGGCGAAGGAGGUUUUGUUUGAAGAGGAAGAAGAGGUGGUUGAGGAGGAGAGGCAGAGAGAAAGGGAAUUACAAGAGAGGAGUGAGAGGGAGAAAGAGUUUGUGGUGCACGUGCCGUUGCCGGACGAUAAGGAGAUUGAGAAGAUGGUGCUGGAGAAGAAGAAGAAGGAGCUGCUGAGCAAGUAUACUAGUGAUGGAUUGUUGGAGGAGCAGACUGAGGCUAAGCAGAUGCUUAACAUUCAGCGCUAG